AUGCUAAAGCCUACCUUUCCCUCCCUCUUCCCCUUCAAGUCCGACGAUGGCGCGCUGUCUGUGCUCGUCGUGACCGGUUGGAUCGCACUGAUCUGGUACGCAUUCCUACUGGCAGUUUGCGCGUUGGGGUAUUUCCAGAUAUGGAAGUAUUUCCUAAGUCGGCCCCAUCAGUCACGACUAACGAACGCCUCCAACGUCCCACACGUCACCGCCAUCCGGCCUGUCAAGGGUCUUGAGCCACACCUCUACGACUGUCUCGCUGCUACCUUUAGACAAGAUUACCCGCGCGACAAGCUCAGCAUUUGUCUUUGUGUAUCCACACGCGAUGAUCCAGCCUACCCUACCCUCCGCAAGCUAAUCACCGACUUCCCGCAUGUCGAUGCGCGUAUCUUCGUCGAAGACGAGGAUCCGUUCUUGCAGCAGAAUGGCACCAACACGUAUACCCUCGGACCGAAUCCCAAGAUCCGGAAUAUGAGUCGUGCAUAUCGCGAGGCGAAGGGGGAUAUCGUAUGGAUCAUUGAUUGCAAUGUCUGGGUUGGCAAGGGAGUCUGUGCUCGGAUGGUGGACCGGCUGUGUGGGACUGGAGCUUCGCCGGGAAAGAAAUACAAAUUCGUGCACCACCUGCCCGUGGCCGUGGACGUGACUGGGGAAAGCAACCUCUGCGAAGAACGGCAGGCCCUCCUGGACUGCAAACCGCAAGUCACAAGUACAGAUGCUGCGGCUGCAGCUAUGCCGUCUGUUCGUCCGGAGGAUGGACCGGCAGCCAUGAUCAACACGGGGGUGGUCGCUUAG